CGGAGUUCCGAAUCGAGUGGGGGAGGAAGGAUGGAGGAACAGGGAGGUAGGGAGAUAAGGCAAAUGCAAACGAGGGAGGUCCUGGAGGAAUGGGAAAGAGUAAGGAUCUCGGUGGAACACUGCUACGAUGAGGGGGUGUGUCCACAGGAUGAUAAUCUUGGUAAAGUGGUAGAGGACGAAGAAGGGAGGAGAUUUGUAGUGAACGAAGCGGUGAACAGGGUCAAGGAACAGUGGCUGAAGGAAAGAUCCGUGAUGGUAAUAUUUCAGGGGGAAGCUAGAAACCUAUCAAGAGCUAUCAAGGAGGACUUAAUCAGAGCAUACGAAGGCGGAUGGACCACGAAGAGACUUUUUCAACCGGAAGCAAGGCGAGGCAGAGUUAAAUUUGAAGGACAGAAUGUAGCCUCAUACGUGGCUAAAUCCAAGGAUAUCGCAGUUUGGCUGCUACAGCAGAAGGAACUCCGGAUCAAGCUGGAGGACAAGGAGUAUACAGUCACCUUCAAACCAAGACUAUCAAGGCAGGAAAUGCAGGGGUUUCGAAUCCAAGACGCAGAGACGAAGUUCUGGAUUAUGGCACUGAGAGUGCCCCUGGAUGCCUACUAUUUCCUCAGGAGUGUAGCAAGUGCGUUGUUUGGGAAAAUCAUUAACAUACACCCCCCGGAAUUCAACAAAGAUCGGCCGAAGCUGAUGAACGUCAAAAUUGACAUGCAUCCAGAGGCCCGUCCGAGAAUAGAUGACGAGCUCGUAAUUCAAUCACCGGAGGGGGAGAAAUGGAAGGUGGACAUAGCCACACCAUACACGGAUUGGUGCCAGCGCUGUCGGUGAGGCUGGCCGUCACCUCUCGCUCCAAGGUGGGAUGAAAAGGGCGGCUCGAUCAGGAGAACGCACAGGAGCAACAACGUGAGGUGGGAGUCAGGGAGGGAGGAAGCUUGGAGUUGGAGAAGCAGAGGGGACACGUCGAGGCCAUGGCGGAGGAAUGCAGCUUCACAAUUCCCAGGAAUCCGGGAAGAGGAGGAAACCCAUAGACAAUGUGAUGCAGCAGUGGAUUCGAGAGGACGAGAGAAGGAUUUGAAGGAAUUAACACAGACUCCGGAGUCCUCACAGUCUAGAAUCAGAUGGGGCAGUGAAUACUGUGUGGAAGAUUACGGUGCCAGGCGUAACCCCGAGGUGUCCUCAUCAUUGGAAAGCUCGGCGGGGUCCGGGGUCAGGAAACAUGGAGAUCCGGGGAGAGAGGGUAGGGGCGUACCAGAGAAAAGCAGGCGGGCGGAAGCGGUGGAGAGAAACCAGAUGGAGACUGUCGAGAGAUGUUUAGUACCAGUGUUGUGCUCGAGCUCAGAAAAAGGCAUAUUCUUUUUGGCAUUGACGAAUGGGGAAGGAGCUACCCACAUACCUUCCAAGGUGAUAGACCGGACACCCACACCCGCGCUGAUCAUGGGAACAGUAAGGAGCCUGUACGGAGAACAUGUCCCGGUGCGGCUGAUCUCGAAGACCACAAUGGAGUACGUGAUCGUGGAAACGGUGCAAGGGUACAGAAAGAUGCCAGUGUACUUUCCGAUCUUGGACGCAAGAAUCCCCCCGGAAGCAAUAGAACCGUUGAAUCGGGCAAGAGUAAAGAGGUGUCGGAUGAAUCUACUGAGGGAGAGGAAUUGGCAUGAGUUGGAAAAAAUUCAGAUUAUUCCGGGCACUUUUGCCAUGGUCCUGGUGAACGUGAACGAGAAAUUGGGUGACGAGGGGAACUGGUUCUCCAGUCUCAUCGCAAAGAGCUUGAUUGAGGACUGGCGGUUGUCCUCAAGAGUGGGCUCAUCCAAGGAGGGAUCGCUACUCCAAUCAAGGGGCUCAAGCAGAUCUGGCCAUCAGGGGUCAGCUCAGAAGGAUUCUCAGAAAGCAGCAACCCGUAUCCAAGAACAAACGGAGAAGGUAGAAGAUAAUGGACAAGAUUAGAGUCGCAACUGGAAUGUACGGGGACUGGGGGAUUCCAAUGGGAGGAUGAAACAGAGAAGACUGAAAUCAUGGCUGCAUGAAUGGAAGGUGAAUUGUGUUAUGCUGCAGGAACU